CAGUGGACAUCCGAGCGCUUUCUUUCGCUCCGCCCACACUUUACUGUGAGAACAGGUUGGCACAGAAUCGAGUUUAGUUAUCCAUAACUGCGAGUAACGGCGAGAGUUCAGGGUGCAUCACUUCUGUAUGCUCUGUCUCUGCUGAAGUAGAAAGAUGCGCGCAUAUCUGGCACUGCUGCUUGCGCUUUCCUUACCUGGAUAUCUGGAUGCGUUUCACGGAUUAUACGCCUUCGGUCAGCCCGAGCUCUUCCAGAAAAAAAGCAACUGCAAACCAAUACCUGCAAACCUUCUCUUGUGCCAUGAUAUCGAGUACACGGACAUGCGUCUGCCCAACCUCCUCGGACACGAAACCAUGAACGAGGUUGUGCAACAGGCUGCCUCCUGGAUCCCUUUGGUGCAGAAGCAGUGCCACGCGGACACCAGAAAAUUUCUCUGUUCGCUCUUCGCUCCGGUGUGUCUUGAUGAUCUGGACGAGCCCAUUCAGCCGUGCAGGUCAUUGUGUGAGAGCGUGAAGAACGGCUGCGCUCCGGUGAUGGCUGCUUUUGGGUUCCCUUGGCCGGAGAUGCUGGACUGUCAGCGCUUUCCUCUGGAUAACGACCUGUGCAUACCACCUGGUGGUGGAGAUGCAUUAGCGACUGUUACCAAGGAAGUUCCAAGAGUGUGUGAUGCCUGCAAAGAAAAAACGGAGAAUGAUAAUGAAAUCGUGGACAGCUUUUGCAAGAAUGACUUUGCUUUAAAGAUCAAGGUCAAGGAGAUCUCCUACAUGAAUGGCGACACCAAGAUCAUUCCAGAAACCAAGAGCAAGACUAUCUACAAGCUGAAUGGUGGCGUCACUGAGCGUGACCUCAGGAAAACGGUGCUUUGGCUAAAAGAUGGGCUACAGUGUGUGUGUGAUGAAAUGAAUGACAUCAAUGCUGCCUAUCUGGUGAUGGGCCAGAAGAUGGAAGGAAAUUUGGUUAUAACGUCGCUGAAGCGCUGGCAGAAGGGUCACCGUGAGUUUAAAAGAAUUUCUCGUAGUAUUCGCAAGCUUCAGUGCUAGGACUUCCCAAUGAUGUUCUAACAUACAAAAAGUUUUAAUUAAACCUGUAGCAAUAUAUAGGUUCAUUCAAAAUCCCAGUGCCAUUUUGGGAACUGAUCUCAGAAUACAGGCUGGCAUUACCAGGAGGCAUCUACCAUAGGUUCAGCACAAAUCCACUCUCAUUUCCCCUCAUGGGAUUAUGUCAAUUGUAUUUUCGUAUACUCAUUCGCUCAUUCCUCUCGUCUAGGUCCUAUUGUAAAUCAAGUUUCUCUAACAGACUCCAUACUGUUUGCUUUUAUAAUUACAGAGAAAAGCCCCAGACAGUUUCUUAAUGCUAUGUUAUCAUUUCGAAACUGGAGUGGUUGAAGGUCCAGACUGGCACUGUACUCAACAUUGAGAUAAAUGUUAAUGAUGUGUUACAUGAGGUGUUGAAAUAGUUGGCAGGAAGACUGAAUUACUGCAGAAUAUUUUCUUGAUGUACAACCUGAUUUAUGAAUAACGGGCCACAUAAAUGUAGAUGUCGAACAUGUUUAUUGGUCUACAACGGGAUACAUUUCAAAGCCAUCUUUGUGCUGUAGUCUCUUGGUUUUAAUAAGAAACAUGUUUUUUCAGCAAUGCAAGGAUUAUGUGACUUUUAAUCUAUCAACUGUAAUGUGAUUGUGGUUUUACUUUUGGAGUUUUUUAUCAGCACAAUGAGAUAGCUGGCUCUAUUCUCAAUGUUUAAUAAAAUAUCCCUUAUGAUACAAGCCUCUGAAAUAUUUUCAUAAGUUCAUGUGAAUGUUUCAAUUUCUACCUGGACAUCAAAAGAGAGUUGCAGACAAAUGCGUGAUUUUUAUAACCCACUGUUUUUGUUUUCUUUCUACUUAGUCUAAAUGCUGCACUUUUCCUAUAUGUUAUACAAUUUGACUUACAAUUAACAAACAUAUUUAGUACUUGUUUAUUUUUUUUCCAUGUCAGUUAUAAAAAUAAUGUUGUACUAUAUAGCGGUCUGUUUCUUGGGACGAUCUUAAAAGUCAAUUGUAUAUUAUUGUGUGUUGAAAGUGGUUAGUUAAAAUGCACAUGGCAAUUUCCAAACAUUUGUUAUACUCUGUAAAUAUUCAGAUAUUCAGAUUUUUAUUCUUGUACAUAGUA